GUUACUCCGGCCUGCUCUCUCACCUUCCCUCCACCUUCCACACUCUUUUGUCACGCCUGACAGAGGGAUAAUGCUCCUCUAUUAUACGACUUGAACCCUAUACUAAUUGUCUUGAUCUGCUGGAUAUAUCUGUCACGCAGCGUACUCAGUGUCCGGGAGACACUCUUUUUGUUCCAGUCCUGCCCGCUGCGGGCGACCGUGUCCAUUGUGAACUUGCUUCACCAUGUCUACCGACUACAAUUACGAUGACAAAGGACAAUUUUUCCCGUUCUUUGUCCUGACCCUCACCAGUCUCGUCACACUCCCUCUCACAUAUAACCUUCUCCGGCCGAGCAAGGGUCUCGAAAACACCGCUCCCCGGAUAAAGUCCGAGUUCAAGCCAGAACAUGCAGAGCUUAUUGAGGCGCAGAAGCGCAAACGCCUGCGCAAAGAGCGCCGCAUUAAGCGCAUAAUCACCGUUGUUGUGGGUUACGCUGUCAUGGCGUGGAUGGCCUACCUGAUUGUCGUCACCGCGAGGACGGUGCCCAAAGUUUGGGACCCUUAUGACAUUCUGGGUGUUUCAAGGAGCGCUGAUGAGAAAGCCAUCUCGAGACACUACAAGCGCCUUUCACUUAUUUACCAUCCUGACAAGAUUCGGCCGGACCCCGCAAAGAAUGAGACUAUUGAGAUGCUCAACGAACGUUUCGUUGAGCUUACCAAGGCGUACAAGGCGCUCACCGACGAGGAAAUCCGCAACAACUACAUCCAGUAUGGCCACCCUGAUGGCAAGCAGAGCAUGAGCAUCGGUAUCGCUCUGCCCACGUUCAUCGUUUCGGAGGGUAACUCCAAGUACACUCUGCUGGUCUACGGUGCACUGCUUGGUGUUUUGCUGCCCUACAUUGUCGGAAAAUGGUGGUAUGGCUCCCAGCGCUACACUAAGGAACGUGUCCUUGUCGCAAGUGCCGGAAACAUCUUCCGCGAAUACAAAGAGGACAUCACCGAUGGCGGCAUCGUCAACGCCCUGUCCUCCGGCGCAGAGUUCAAGGAAAUGCUUCAGGGACCUAAAACGGAUGCAGGACUUGCCAAGCUCGAGAAAAAGGGUCUGGCUGAGGAUUCCACUUUCCUGUCGCCCGAGGACCGCGAGAUCAUUAAGGGUUUGGACGAAUCUAGCAGACGCAAGGCUCUGGCAUUGCUGUGGGCUUACCUCGGCCGCGUUGACCUGGAAGACACUACACUUAACGGAGAAAAGUACGAAGCUGCACCGAUCGCUCUUUCGCUGAAUGAAGCUUUCACAGCAAUCGCUCUGGCAUUCGGUAACGUCCGACCCAUCCUGGGUUCUUUCCGGACCUCCCAGCAUCUCAUCCAAGCUGUUGCGCCUGGCUCGUCCCCUCUCCUGCAGCUCCCCCACUUCACCGAGGAAGUCGUUAAGUCGGUUGAAGGCGCCGACGCGAAGGAACACUUCACCGUCCAGAAGUUCAUGAGCAUCCCCGAAGACAAGCGUCGCAGCCUCACCGUCGGUGCCGGCCUCAUGUCCGAGAAGCAGUACACGUCCGCCGUUACCGUUGCCAAGCAGCUCCCCGUUCUCGAAGUCUCCCGUGCCUUCUUCAAGGUCAUGGGCGAAAAGGUCAUCACUCCCAGCAGUCUCGUCCAACUGGUCGUCAAGGCCCGCUUCAUCCCUCCCGGAUACAGCGGAGACGUCCCGCCAGUUAACCCCAUCGAUCUCGAAGACAUCGACCCCGACGAAGAUGACCUCGACGCCAUCAUGGGCCGCAAACCCGCGAAGAACAAGACCACCAAGCUCGUCAACGGCGUCAAGGUCGAAGAGAAGGUCGAAUCCAUCCAGCCUCCCCUCGCUCACGCCCCCUAUCUGGCCCGCGACCACUCGCCUCGGUGGCAUAUCUUCCUGGCCGACGCCAAGCAGGGCAAGAUGGCCGUUCCUCCCUUCACUUUCACUACCUUCGAUAAGCCCCUCUUCGACGCCGACGGCAAGCCCACUUUCAACGUCCAGACUCUCAAGAUGCAGUUCCAGGCUCCUCCCCAAGUCGGUGACUUUACUUUCGUCAUGAACAUGCUCUGUGAUAGCUACCUGGGUCUCGAUACUAAGAUGGAAAUCACCCUUCACAUUGACGAUCCGGCCAAGGCGGCCGCUUUGGAUGAGGAGGAUGAUAUCAGUGAACCUGACGAGGACUCAAUAGCCGGCCAAAUGCAAGCCCUCAAGACCGGCCAACCACCCAAGAAGAAGACCAAGAAGCCUUCUGACGACUCCAGCGACGAUGACGAAAGUGAUACCGACGGAGAUGCAGGAGAUACCAGCGAUACGAACACAGAGACCGAUGUUGAUGACUAAAGCAGAUAAGUGUGGAUUUAGUAGAGAGAAGAGAGAAGAGAAUGAAAGAAAAAAAAAGAAUAUACCAAGUUCAUUUCUAUUACGGGAUACUUCUACUACUGCUACUAACUAUACUACUGGAGUUUCUAUUUUCCUUUAUUUUUCUUUUCUUUUUUUUUUUUUUUUUUUUUUUUUUU